CAGCUGUUCCAUCUGCCACCAUGAGGAACAUCUUUAAGAGGAACCAGGAGCCCAUUGUGGCUCCUGCCACCACCACUGCCACAAUGCCAGUCGGGCCUGCAGACAACUCCACUGAGAGUGGGGGUGCUGGAGAGAGCCAGGAGGACAUGUUUGCCAAGCUGAAGGAGAAGUUCUUUAAUGAGAUCAACAAGAUCCCCUUACCUCCCUGGGCCCUCAUCGCCAUCGCCGUGGUCGCCGGCCUCCUGCUUCUCACCUGCUGCUUCUGCAUCUGCAAGAAGUGCUGCUGCAAGAAGAAGAAGAACAAGAAGGAGAAGGGCAAAGGCAUGAAGAACGCCAUGAACAUGAAGGACAUGAAGGGGGGCCAGGAUGAUGAUGACGCAGAGACAGGCCUGACUGAGGGAGAAGGUGAAGGAGAGGAGGAAAAAGAGCCAGAGAACCUGGGCAAACUGCAGUUUUCCUUGGAUUAUGAUUUUCAGGCCAAUCAGCUCACCGUGGGCGUUCUGCAGGCUGCCGAACUGCCGGCCCUGGACAUGGGAGGCACGUCAGACCCAUAUGUCAAAGUCUUCCUCCUUCCUGACAAGAAGAAGAAAUAUGAGACCAAAGUCCAUCGGAAGACCCUGAACCCUGCCUUCAAUGAAACCUUCACCUUUAAGGUGCCAUACCAGGAGCUGGGGGGCAAAACUCUGGUGAUGGCCAUCUACGAUUUUGACCGCUUCUCCAAACAUGACAUUAUUGGAGAGGUAAAGGUGCCUAUGAACACUGUGGACCUUGGCCAGCCCAUUGAAGAGUGGAGAGACCUGCAAGGCGGGGAGAAGGAGGAGCCAGAGAAGCUCGGCGACAUCUGCACCUCCCUGCGCUACGUGCCCACGGCUGGGAAGCUCACUGUCUGUAUUUUGGAGGCCAAGAACCUAAAGAAGAUGGACGUGGGUGGCCUUUCAGACCCCUACGUGAAGAUCCACCUGAUGCAGAAUGGCAAGAGGCUCAAGAAGAAGAAAACGACAGUGAAGAAGAAGACCCUGAACCCAUACUUCAAUGAGUCCUUCAGCUUUGAGAUCCCCUUCGAGCAGAUUCAGAAAGUCCAGGUAGUGGUCACCGUGCUGGACUAUGACAAGCUGGGCAAGAACGAAGCCAUAGGCAAGAUCUUCGUGGGCAGCAACGCCACGGGCACAGAGCUGCGGCACUGGUCUGACAUGCUGGCUAAUCCCCGGAGGCCCAUCGCCCAGUGGCACUCGCUUAAGCCCGAGGAGGAGGUGGACGCACUUCUGGGCAAGAACAAGUAGGCAGCAGCGGCCAGGACCCGCGCCCUUCACGGACACUGACAAGAUCCAGAGCUAUCAAUACCUCAGUUAUGCGACCUUAGAGGUUUUUUUCAUUUGUUUGUGGUUGUGUCCUUGUUUCUCCUUCUUUUUCUCUUUUUAAAGACUAAUAUCCCUUUGAUGGCUAUGUGAGGAGAGUCCCCUAAGAGGUGAAAGAGGAGCCUGGCUCUCUUGGUGGUCCCAGGAGCUGCCCUUGCUGCAUGCCCUGUCCGGCGCCCCUUUAUUCUCUCUCGGCUUCACUUACGCGGCAUCCUGAGUGAGGACCUCUACUGGCGGAAAGUGGCAGCACCUCCUGUUUUUUAAGCAUCUGGACCAAUGAAAAGGCAGCAUGUCCCGUUUCCUGACAGGGAAGGAAACACAGUGGCGGAUGAUGUGUGUGUGUACGGAUGAUGUGUGUGUGUACGUGUCUGUGUCUGUGUCUGUGUCUAUGUCUAUGUCUAUGCGUGCGUG